GAAUGCCUGAUACAAUUAUCGGCCGAAAACACUUCUCUUUCUAAUCUUCGAACGAUUCUAUCUCCUUCAUUCGGCUAGGACGCAAGUCAACAACCUGAUAAAGAAGCCACGACCGCGACCACCGGCUCAAAAUUUGAUUCACCAUUGGUCCUUGGCACGCCCCAAGCGCGAGGUAGCCUACUUUCAAUGAAUCUGAUUGGUACCCGAAGGUCUGGUACUUGCAAUAUCGUCCUAUCACACUUCUAACUCCCAGUUUACCGUUUGCUCCCGGCAUUUUGAGUUCAAGAUGAUGAAAUUUAGAGCCAUAAAUGAUCAUGGGCGUCGAGGACUCUAUAUAUAACGGCAGACUUGCAUCCUAGUUCUUUCCUCGACUCAUGGCCUUCCUACUACCUCCUCCGAACAAGACUCUUCACAGUAUCGAUGGCUGGACCAUCCCCUCUCUCGAUGGCUCCUUGACUGUUCCCGAGAUCUACGAUUUUCACUAUGAGAACAACUCAAACCACGCCGUCUUUGCAUAUGGAAAUCCAGAAGGCGAUGGUAUCACCUUCGUUCCGUAUUCCAAAGUGAUUCCAGCCGUGCACAGAGCCGGAUGGCUGAUAGCAAGCAUUGCGAACAUUGACUUGAAACAGGACCGCGCCGCUGUUAUAGACGCAUUGCUAGAUACUAUGACAUUCUUCACGACGUUUCUUGGUAUGUUCCGUGCUGGUAUCCCCUUCUUGGCCUUGUCACCACGUAAUUCGCCUGCUGCGCUUGCCCAUCUCUUAAAGACAACGAAGCCGACCCAUCUGUUCGUCAGUGAGGAUGCCUCUCUGCUGGAGUUAGCGAGGGACUCCUUCAAGCUUCUUGACGAUGGUCAUGUCCCUGUGAUUGCUCCUAUGCCAUCCUAUGAGAAUCUUUAUAUCGAGGAUGAAUCAUUCACCCGAUUGCCACCUCGCGGACGGGACUUGAAUGCCAGAACAGUUGUAGCUCAUUCAUCGGGUUCGACUUCUUUCCCGAAACCUAGUGUCUGGAAUGAUAAAGUGUGCUCGCAAGCUUCCGUGGCACCGUGGUUCGGUGACUACAACCUUUGUGGAGAGAUAUUCUCAUGCCAUUGUCUAGCGAUGUUUCAUAGUGCUGGUAUAAAUUUCAUCAAUUGGCUAUCUACAACUGGUAUGAUCAUGGGUGUAUUUCCCCCAAGUUCUCCUGCCGUAAUCCCGACAUUUGACACUGUUUUCAACGGAUUUGUGGCGACACGUGCAGUGCACGGCUUUGUGCCGCCGAUAUUCUUGGAAGAAUGGAGUCGAGAUCCACUCAAAGUUGCUCAUCUUAAGACUUUGAAAGGCAUCGCUUUUGGCGGUGCACCGCUCAAUCCGACCGUAGGAAAUUACUUAACAAACGAAGGGUGUAAACUCCUCCUACUGUAUGGAAUCACUGAAGCAGGAGUUCUAUCCAAAUUCUUCACCUUCGCUCUCGGAAAGGACUGGCAAUACAUGAAGAUCAACCCCGCUUUCUCACUAGAGCUAGUCCCAGAAGGCGACGGGACCUACGAAGGCAUAGCAGUGGCAAACUUCCAUACAGAGCUCUCCAUUAUAAACACCAAACACGGAGGCAAAGACGCGUACGCAACCAACGACCUCUUCCUUCCUCAUCCAAGCCUUCCGGGUCUGUGGAGAUUGGUUGGUCGUAAGGAUGAUCGAAUAGUCCUUUCAAGUGGAGAGAAGACGAAUCCAGGUCUCUUGGGUCGGCCACUCGUUCCUUCCAGCUACAUAACCUUUAAUCUUGUUACAGAAUCUGUCCUUGCUCGAGAUCCUCAUGUAACGGCUGGCCUUUAUUUCGGCCAUGGGAGAUUUCAGAAUGGUCUCCUUGUCCAGCUCAAGCCAAAGUAUCUCUUUCCUCCGAGCGAUCAAGCUUCGGUCAUAAAGUAUAGAUCAGUCAUCUGGCCUACUAUUGAGAAAAUGAAUGAGUUCGCUAUGGGACACUCUCAGCUAUUCAAAGAGAUGAUUAUUUUUUCAGACCCUUCCAAACCGUUUUCUUUCAAUACAAAGGGCUUACCUAGGAGGGCUGUAGUCCUCAAGGAGUAUCAAGCAGAAAUCGAAGCUCUGUACGACACUGUAGAAGACAGCGUGGAAAUAGAGCCUCCUCGUUCCUGGUCACCCAUAGCAUCACUGUCUUUCAUCAGAGCUGUCGUGAGCAAUACCCUGGCUCAUCCCGUAAUGGAUAACGAUGAUCUUUUCGAGCAUGGGUGUGAUAGUCUUCGAGCAACACGGAUGCGUAACACGAUCAUUCACGCUCUGCGCAAUACGCAACCUGAGAAGGUCAAACUAGUCAACCCGAACUUCAUUUAUGACCAUCCGAGAAUCACAGCUUUGGCCGAGCUCGUCUCGGACUCCGUUGACAUCCAGAGGAGCGACAUACGAUCUUCAGGGCUUGAGAAUAUCCGAGCGAUGUUUGAUCGUUAUGCGUCGUCGUUUUCUCAUGCUGUCGUCCCUCAGCGGCCGUCCCCAGCACCCGCCCUUCACUCGAAUGGGGAUGUUGUUCUCAUUACAGGAACGACUGGAGGACUCGGAGCCGCGACCCUUGCUAAACUCGCGUAUUCCGAAUCUGUACACAAGAUCUUUGCUAUAAACAGAUCGGCGAAAGACGGUUGCAACUUGAUGGAAAGGCAGGAGAAAGCGCUGCAGUCUCGAGGAUAUGACCUGGCCAUCGCAUCACUAUCCAAGGUGGCUUUAAUUGAAGCCGACCUGACAGAGCCUGGCUUUGGAAUCGAGGCGUCUAUAGCAAAAGAAAUCCGUAAUAGCGUGACCCAUAUCAUUCAUAUCGCUUGGCGAGUGGACUUCAAUUUGCCAUUAUCCUCGUUCGAAGGUAAUUUGAAGGGCAUGCGGGCGUUGAUUGACCUUGCUUUAUCUUCGCCGCAGUCAAAGACCCCCAAUUUCCUCUUUACAAGCUCGGUUGGAGUUCUCGGAAAUAUACCCGGCACCGGAAAAGAUAUUUCGGAGCAGCCUAUCGGUGACCCGAGGGACGUUGUAGGACAAGGAUACUCCGAGUCGAAAUGGGUAGGGGAGCAGAUGUUGUAUCGUGCAGCUAAAGAGACAUCUCUGCGUCCUUUGGUUGUACGCGUAGGUCAGGUCGCGGGUGGUGUCGAUGGCUCUUGGAAUACUUCUGAUUGGAUACCCGCGAUUGUCAAGUCAAGCAGAGCUCUCGGAUGCUUGCCGGAAUUCAAAGGAAUGAGUACGUGGAUUCCUCUCGAUACUGCCGCCAGUGCCAUUGCAGAUCUGAAGAGUGCGUCGGCACCGACAUUGACAGCUCAUUUGGUUCACCCACGACCAAUUGCUACUCGGGAGAUUUUCCAGACGAUGGCGCAGUACCUCAGCCUUCCUCUUCAACCCUAUCGGGAAUGGCUCAGUGCAUUGGAAGUUGCUACUGAAAACCCCAAGAGUUCUUCCAAUGAUAUACCUGCCCUAAAGUUGUUGCAAUUCUUCCGGAGUGGUAUCCGAAGUGAGGAAGAAGGGAAGGAGCCCAUUGGUAUUCCGGCGAUCGAAUGUACGGAAGCGGAACGAGCAUCCACACAUCUCCGGAACGCAAAGUCAAUUCAAACGGAGGACGUGCUUUCAUGGUUACAAUACUGGACGAGAGUUGGAUUUUUGUCGUAA